AUGCCUCCUAUGCCAACUGGUAGACACGACACUGGAUAUCGUCCACCAGUACCACCUUCGCCAACAUAUAACAAUGACUCACGUGGUGAUCGACAUGCAGACAGUAAAGAGGCUUACGAAAUGAGCCAGCGCACUACACCCGUCCAAUCUGAUGGCAUCAUCACUACAGAUCAGUUCUUUCAGGAGGUUGAGGAAGUUAAAGACAUCAAUCGUAAGAUUAUCAACAAUAUUACCUUGAUUGAAGAGCUGCAUGGCUCAGCAUUGUCCAACAUCAACGACGAGCAAACUGAAGAGAAUACCUACAGAUUGGAAAAAGCUGUCAAACAAACGACCAAACUCAACAAUCAAUGUAAAACAAAGAUCAAAGCCAUCGAACUCAGUAUUGCUCGUAUGCCAGCGAAUUCUGGUGAUUUGCCUAUGCGAAAAACUCAACAUGCCGCAUUGAAAAAGAAGUUUAUCGAGACGAUUCAGAGAUAUCAAGAUAUUGAAAGAACAUACCAGCAAAAAUACAGACAAAGAGUCGAGAGACAAAUCAAGAUUGUUCAACCCAACGCAACCCCAGAUGAAAUUGAGCGAGUUUUAGACUCUGAUGAGCCAAAUCAAAUCUUUGCUCAGUCUUUGAUGCAAUCCAAUAGAUCUGGCCAAGCAAGAGCUGUAUUAUCUGAAGUGCAGUCUCGACACGAUGAUAUCAAAAAGAUUGAAAAGACCAUUUUGGAAUUACACCAGCUGUUUGUGGAUAUGCAAAUGAUGGUUGAGCAACAAGCAGAAACAAUAAACCAAAUUGAGACUCAUGCUGAGACUACCGUUGUUGAUUUGGAGCAGGGUAAUAAGGAUAUUGGUAAAGCCAUUGUCAUUGCUAGAAGCACACGUGCUAAAAAAUGGAUCUGCUUUGUUAUUUUCAUUAUUUUAUUAAUAGUAGCCGGCAUCUUGAUUUGGUGGUUUGGAUUUGAUCAUGCUGGCAUUAAUUAA